CGAGUGUGUGUGUGUAAAAAGUAAAUCAUUCACAACGGCGACCAUAACGAACUCCGCCCUUGCAAUGAGCCAACUGGGCACCGUCUACGCCACCAAGCGAAGGCGACGCAAUGGCAAAAGCCUGAAGCCGCCGCCCAAGGAUGGCGUCACUAAGAGCAAUCCAUCAAAACGGCAUCGGGAGCGCCUCAAUGCCGAACUGGAUCUGCUUGCCUCCCUGCUGCCCUUCGAGCAGAACAUACUUAGCAAACUGGAUCGACUGAGCAUACUAAGGCUGUCCGUUAGUUAUUUAAGAACCAAAAGUUAUUUUCAAGUUGUUAUGCAUAAGGAUAAGGAGGAGAACGGUGUCCUGCCGCACAUACACGCACACGAUGGCUACAGGACCCGCGAGCUGGGCGCCUUCGAGCACGGCCUGCUGGAUGGUGAUAUGUUCCUGCAGGCUCUAAAUGGAUUUCUAAUGAUACUGACAUGCGAAGGCGAGGUCUUCUUUGCCACGCACAGCAUCGAGAGCUAUUUGGGUUUUCAUCAGUCGGACAUUGUGCAUCAGUCUGUGUACGAGCUGGUCCACUCGGAGGAUCGCGAGGAGCUGCAGCGUCAGCUGCUGUGGAACAGUUUCCUGCCCGCAGACAUGUCCAGCAUGCAGCUGUCGGAGACUCUGGCCCCGGAUAAGGCGCUCUACUUGGAGCGCAGCUUUACGGUGCGCUUCCGCUGCCUGCUGGACAACACAUCCGGUUUCCUGCGCCUGGACAUACGCGGUCGCAUCAAGAUUCUGCAUGGCCAGAAUCGCAAAACGGAGGAACCCCCGCUGGCACUGUUCGCCUACUGCACACCCUUCGGACCGCCCAGUCUGCUGGAAAUACCGCACAAGGAGAACAUGUUCAAGUCAAAGCACAAGCUCGACUUCUCGCUGGUGUCCAUGGAUCAGCGGGGCAAACACAUACUGGGCUAUGCCGACACCGAGCUGGUCAACAUGGGUGGCUACGAUCUCGUGCACUACGAUGACCUCGCCUACGUGGCCAGUGCACAUCAGGAGCUGCUGAAGACGGGAGCCUCGGGCAUGAUUGCGUAUCGGUAUCAGAAGAAGGACGGCGAGUGGCAGUGGCUGCAGACCAGCUCGCGGCUGGUGUACAAGAACUCCAAGCCGGACUUUGUCAUCUGCACGCAUCGCCAGCUGAUGGACGAGGAGGGUCACGAUCUGCUCGGCAAGCGGACGAUGGACUUUAAGGUCAGCUAUCUGGACACCGGUCUGGCAUCGACAUACUUCUCCGAAGCGGAUCAGUUGGUGGUGCCGCCGACCAGUGCCAGUGUGUCGCCGACAGCGCACGCUCUGCCACCGCCGGUGACGCCAACGCGACCCAAUCGACGCUACAAGACGCAGUUGCGCGACUUUCUGUCCACGUGCCGCAGCAAGCGCAAACUGCAACAGCAGCAGCAGCAGCAGCAACAGCAGCAACAACAGCUCCAUGCACAGCAAUCGUCGCCACUGGCACAGGUCGGCUCGCCGGCGCCAGCUGUCGUCGAAUACCUGCCCGAUCCGGCGGCUGCCGUUGCGGCCGCCUACUCCAAUCUGAAUCCCAUGUACACAACGUCGCCGUAUGCGACAGCAGCGGACAACUUGUACAUGGGCAGCUCCAUGCCGGCCAAUGCCUUCUAUCCCGUCAGCGAGAAUCUCUUCCAUCAGUAUCGGCUGCAGGGCGCCGUCGGCGUCGGCGGCUACUACACAGAUUAUCCACAUACGGGCGCCCCAGCCUCGGCGUAUGUGGCGAACGGCUUCCUCUCCUACGACGGCUAUGCCAUCGCCUCCAAGGCGGACGAAAAGUGGCAGGAGACGGGCAAAUACUACAGCGGCUAUAGCAGCGGAUACGGCAGUCCAACAUCCACGCCACAGCAAGUACCCCUAAAGACGCCCAAAUCAUCGCCGCAAGUUAUGGAGGUCAUCUCGUGCUCCUCGGAUGGUCCCUCGCCCGUAGCUGGCACUGUUGCCCCGCCCAACGGCAGCAGCGUUACGCCCAAAGUAGAGCUGUCCGCCGCCGCUGCUGCUGCUGCUGCUGCUGCUGCUGCUGCAGCCGCCAGUCAAGAUCCGUACGAGCGGCAAACGGUGCUGAUGUGGGGCACCACUCAGUCGAGUGGUGUGCCACUGAACAGUCGCAUUGCGGUCAGCAGUGGCGGUGGCUCACCACAGCGCACAACGCCACUCACCAACGGUCUCAGCUACACCAACAACAACAACAACAAUGAGCACGAGCCAGCAGCAGCGGCUGCCAAAUGGAAUGGCACCAAGGAGCUGACGGGCAAAUCAACGAGCGCCGGCACACCGGAAAGCUAUCAGCUGCAGCACGAUGACUCUGGUCUCUACUCGGCCUCCUCGCACACCACAUCGCCACAGCAGCAGCAGCAGCAGCAACAGCAGCAACCACAUUCCGCGCGUGGCUUGGGCUCCAAUGUUAGCAAUUCAAGCAAUAGUGUAAGCCAGCACCCUGUUAGCGGCACUGAGCACACCACGUUGCAGCCACACCCACAACAGCCGCCCAGCUGUGCAGCCAACAGCCACCAGCAACAGCAGCAGCAGCAGCAACAGCAUCAUCACGCUCCUCAUCCACAUGCACACACGCAGCACCAUCACCAUCAUCACCAUCACCACCAUCCGCACCACCACCAUCACCAUCACAUUCUAAUCAGCAACCAGCUGCAGCAACAGCAGCAGCAGCAGCAACAACAACUAGCUGCUUAUCAGCUGCAUCAUCAUCAGGUGGAUUCACCACCACCACCGCCACCCACUUUGCCAGCUGUCAGCAGCUUGCUGUGCGCCAACUCAACUGAUGCCGUCUCGCCCUAUCAGCAGCUGGUGGCUGUCGGACCAGCAACAGCCAUACCUCCGCUCAUCAUUUGUGCCGAUGACUCGCUGCAGGCGCUCAACAACAACAACAAUAGCAACACCAACAACAACAAUACCAACAGCAACAGCAGCGGUGAGGCACAGAUCAGCUCCACAUCGAGCUCUGUUGCACGCAGCGCACGCAAAGCAGCCAAGCUACAACAGCAACAUCUACAACAGCAACAACAACAACAGCAGCAGCAGCAGCAGCAACAUCAACAAAAUUACCAACAACAACAACAACAUCAUGCCCAGCAUCUUCUAUAUCCGGCAAAUAUAACGGCGCAUACGGCCUUGGCUUAUGCGCCACCGCCAACAUCGAGUCUUGCUGCUGCUGGUGCCUAUCUGGAUGGUAGUCCACUGCUCUCCUUCUCGGAGGUGACCAAUACGCUGCUGAACCAGUAGACCACAAAAGAAACACACUCACACACACUCACAUACACACACACACACACACAACACAAACCAUGUUCAACAGUUUUGCCAAAAUGUGGACUAUGACUAUCGUAUCUUCCAUAAACUCAACACACACAAACAUAGAGCACACCAAGAACAACAACAACAAAAAUAACAACAACAACAGUAAUAUAGCAGUUCAUAGAUAUAACUUUGAUCAAUUGAAGAACAGAGCCUUGCUCGAAUGUAUUCGUAACAAAAUUUAAAACACUCGUUGCUUUUUAAAUGUAACG